UGUAUAUAUAAAUUAGGAUUUUAUCAUUAAAUGUUAGUAAAUCUAUACUGCAAUAUAUAUUGUAAUGAAUAGAUAUAUUCAAUAUAUUAUUCUAUGGCUUAUAAGCAUAACCUUUACCUUAGUUAUAUCCAAUGAAAGUGUACCAGCUGUACAAAAGAACUGUGCACACCUUAAUGAUUCUUGCAGUCGGAUUUUCUUUCGUCACUGUUGUGACAAAUUAGUUUGUCAUGGGUUCUUCAAUGGAAUAUGUGUUCAAUGUCUUGGUACAAAUAAAUUAUGUAUUUGGAGCUCGGACUGUUGUAGUGGAAGCUGUUGGUUUUUUCACUGUCAAGAAAAAUAUAGUAAUGUUACUACAGAUAUUGUGAAUACUACAGAAACCCAACAAAAUGAGACCACUCCAUAAAUACUUACUCUGUAAAAAUAUUUACAUCUAAAAUUGUUAAACAGAACAAAUACAAGAUUGUUUGCAAAGAUACUUGAUUUUUCGUAUGUUGAUAAAUCUGAAUUUACAUGACUUUGCCUGAGAAUUUAUAAUUAUCUGGACAUUUUGUAAAACCUUCUAUUGUUACGCAUUACAGUUGCAUUGAAGAAAACUUCAAAGAUAAAUGGUGAUAACUUGUAAAUAAAUUAGAUUUGGACAGUUUUAUCCAGUUAUCGCCUGUGGUGAAAGUAGUAUUCAGAAUCUAACUCGAAACUAGCUAUCGUCUCAAUGCUCAAAUCAUCAAAAACUGCGGUCUCACAAUGAAUAAAACUGUUUUAUGACAAUAAUAGUUAUCAGAGCAAGAAGAGAUUCACACUACUGUCCUCCGUAUAUACGGGAUUAAUUUGGAUACAGAAAUUCUUCAUUCGUUCUUUAUCAUUUAUCUUGGGGGACUUGGAGUUCCCUGUUUCGUGACUACUGUUGGUUAAGUGCUGUCGACUCCAUUUUUUUAAUUAUUUUUAUUUAGUUCUGAAGCAUAGUCAAAAGAACUUACACAUAAAACCUAGUAAUGGUGUCAAUAUGAUGUUGGAGGUUUCUUCUCAGAAUUGUUAUAUUUCUAUGGUCAACUGUUUCUCAAACUCUUCUUCUUUAAAGUAAAAGGGAAUUUGGUUAAUUUUAUUCUAAAAGUUUUGUUACCAUUAUACGUUGGAGGAAGUCAUCCGACGUUCCUGAGUAGAUCAAUAUAAAUAUCCUGUUUGGUUGGAAGUGAUUCACGACAUCUGGUUUCGUCAUUUCUCUAUGAUAUAAUAUUACAAAGAUUAGUUAGCUGAUAGGUUUUGUUUUACACCUAUCUCAUGAACAUCCUUUAAAGAAUGGUCAUAGCCUUUACUUACAUCCAUGUAUAGCUAUAUAGUUCCUACAUUACUCGACAUAUAUCUACUGUACACAAGUGUUUUGUCAAAUUUGUUUCUGUAGGUAGAUAAUGUUAUUCGGUAACAUAAUUUACAGUUCUUGAUUGUGAAAUAACUAUCGAAAUUUCACUAGUUCAUAUAUUUUAUCAUUUAAUGUUAUUUUGUCAAAUCAUAUCGUACAAUAUAAAACUGUUUAACAUCCCUCAAUCUUCCUGGUUGAUUAUAGUCUCCGUUUGUACCGGUGAUAUUAUAUUAUAAUUCAGAACGAUAAAAAAUCUAUUCAUUUGAAAUAGGAUCACUCGUUAAAGUGUUGACUUUAAU